GUCCAGCGCAUCGAGGGCCUGACCAACUGGCUGAUUGUGGCCAUUGACGAGCGGCUGGCAGCCUACUGCAAGGAGAAGGGCAUCAACCACUACUACCGCCCUGUGGUGAUCCCCGACUCCCAGAAGGACACGGGCAGCAACCACGCCAUCUCUGCCAUGAAGUACGAAAUCAUCCGCGAGUUCCUGCAACUGGGCUGGGACGUGCUGCUGAGCGACGUGGAUAUUGCGACGCUGCAGAACCCCUUUGACCACCUGUACCGCGACAGCGACGUGGAGGGAAUGACAGAUGGGUUUGACCCGCCCACAGCCUAUGGCGAGAUCUACGGCAUCGAUGACGCCACCAUGGGGUGGAGCCGCUACGCGCAGGGCACGCGCCACAUGGCCUUCAACUCGGGCCUCUUCUUCAUCAGGGCCAACGACAAGACAAUCGACCUGCUGACGCGCAUCGCAGAUCGGCUGGCCAAGGAGUCAGACUGGGACCAGAGUGUAUGGAAUGAGUUUAUCUUCUUCUUGUCGCACGGGGACUACAAGUCGCCGCAGGUGCGGCUUGCGCCGCAGUUCAUGAACACCAAGGUGCUGUUCAAGCAGGUCCGGCACAUGCCAAAGGACCAGCAGCCCAAGCCGGUGAUGCACUCCAAUUACCAUCCAGACAAGCCAGAGAGAAUCAGGGCCAUCAUCGAUUAUUACUUGAAGGGGGACGAGCAUGCCCUUGAGUCCUUUCCUGGCGGCAGU